AUGGACCACUCCUCUGUUCUUGUUGAUCCUCUGUUUCUAUUACAUUCAUGGAAUUACAACCAUGAAACUCCAUGUUCUUGGAGAGGAGUCUCUUGUAAUAACGACUCCCAAGUCGUGACUCUGUCUCUCCCCAAUUCUCAGCUCUUGGGUUCGAUUCCUUCUGAUUUGGGUUCUCUCAAAACACUUCAAAGUCUCGAUCUUUCCAACAAUUCCUUCAAUGGGCCAUUACCGGUUUCUUUUUUCAACGCAACAGAGCUCCGGUUACUCGAUCUCUCCAGUAAUAUGAUCUCCGGCGAAGUCCCUGCAGCAAUCGGCGAUCUUCACAGCCUUCUAACCCUUAAUCUCUCCGACAAUGCCUUGGCGGGAAAGUUACCCGCCAACUUGGUGACACUGAGAAACUUGACGGUGGUUUCUCUGGAUAACAAUUACUUCUCCGGCCAAAUUCCCGGCGGGUGGAGAGCUGUUCAGUUCCUGGACUUGUCAUCGAAUCUGAUCAAUGGUUCACUACCACCGGAUUUCGGCGGCGAGUGUAUCCGGUACCUGAAUGUCUCGUUCAAUCAAAUCUCCGGCGAAAUUCCACCGGAGAUCGGUGCUAAAUUCCCCAGAAACGCCACCAUUGAUCUUUCCUUCAACAAUUUAACCGGUUCAAUUCCGAAUUCUCCGGUUUUCCUUAACCAGGAAUCAAAUUUCGUUUCCGGGAAUCCGGGCCUAUGCGGCGACCCGACCCGAAACCCGUGUCCCAUCACAUCAUCACCUUCAAUCGUCUCCGACGCCGACGCACCAACGUCUACGCCGGCAAUCGCCGCCAUACCGAACACAAUCGGUUCAACCCCGGUUACCGAUCCAACAACACAACAAUCCAACCCGAAUCCCCGAACUGGUUUACGACCCGGAGUUAUAAUCGGGAUCGUACUCGGAGACAUCGCCGGAAUUUCAAUCCUCGCCGUUAUUUUCCUAUACAUCUACAGAUGCAAGAAGAACAUGAGCGUGGAUAACAACAUCAACAACAAGCAACGAAAAGAAACAGCGGACACAAUUACGCUAUCACCAUCUUCAUCUUCUUCUUCCUCACCAGACGAAUCGAGAAGAUUCGCGAAAUGGUCGUGUCUACGAAAAGAUCCCGAAACGACACCGUCCGAUGAAGAGGAGGACGAAGAAACCGGUUACAAUGGAGAUCAACGGUCGGGAGACAACGGAGAGAACAAGCAAGGGACGUUGGUGACCGUUGAUGGAGAGAAGGAGAUGGAGAUUGAGACUCUGCUUAAGGCUUCGGCUUAUAUUCUAGGAGCCACCGGCUCGAGUAUUAUGUAUAAAGCCGUUCUCGAGGACGGAGCGGUUUUCGCGGUUCGUCGGCUCGGUGAGAAUGGCCCCACGCCAAGCCCGAGUCCAAGCUCGGUGGGCCCAUUGUCGCCUUACUGUGCACCAGAGACUUUCCGGAGCCUAAAACCAAGCCCGAAAUGGGACGUUUUCGGCUUCGGAGUGAUCCUACUCGAGCUUCUCACGGGGAAGAUCGUGUCCGCCGAAGAGAUUGGGCUAGGAAAUGGACUGACGGUAGAGGAAGGACACCGUGCACUGAGAAUGGCCGACGUGGUGAUCCGCGGCGAGUUAGAGGGCAAAGAAGACUUUUUACUCAGUUGUUUCAAGUUAGGAUUUAGCUGUGCAUCUCCUGUUCCUCAAAAGAGGCCAACGAUGAAGGAAUCUUUGGCUGUUCUUGAAAGAUUCCCUCAUAACUCCUCUGUUGUGUAUGUAGUGUUUUCUUGUUUAAGCCAAUUUGAUCUUAUUGCUAACUUGUUGCGCCUCUCCGUCUCCUCCGCCGAAGUUUCAGAGGCAGAGAGAGAGACGAAACCACGGAGAGGAAGUGAGAUCACCGGUGGUGCGGCAAUGGAAUCCAAAACCACGGCUGUUUCUGCCGCUGACGAUCUUCAAUCGAGCGAUGGCGUCUCGUCGUCGUCGUCUCCAGCCGACGCGGUUGCUCGGCUGACCCACGCAUUGUCGCAGCGGCAACAGCAUCUGCUCGAUAAAACGGUUCCUCACGUUCUGUACCGUUGGAUCUCAUGCCUCGUCGUUGUCCUCAUCUACGCCGUCCGCGUCUACUUCGUCGAAGGCUUCUACAUCAUCACAUACGCGAUCGGAAUCUACAUUCUGAACCUCCUCAUUGCUUUCCUCUCUCCCCAGGAAGAUCCCGAGGCUUCUCUCGGAGGCGGGAGUCUUCCUACUCGCGGAUCCGAUGAAUUCCGACCAUUCGUCCGCCGUCUCCCCGAAUUCAAGGUAUCGAUCACUAGAGCUUUUGUGAUCGGGUUCGUAAUGACGUUCUUCCAAGUAUUCGAUGUUCCUGCAUUCUGGCCAAUACUACUAUUCUACUGGGUGAUGCUUUUCUUCCUCACGAUGAGGAAACAAAUUCAACAUAUGAUCAAAUACAGAUACGUCCCCUUCUCUUUCGGGAAGCAGCGAUACGGGAAAAAAACACCUUCGAUGGAGAGCAGUGAUCGACCCUCGAGCAAGGAUGAAGUAGAAGAAAAAUGGAAUCCGAGAGACUUUAGGCUUGUGGCAGAUCUUUGUUAG